AUGUCAAUGGAGCUACCACCAUGGGCGCCCUUCCUCGGCGUCGCGCUCGCUACCAUGCUCUUCCUCAAAUGCGUCUUCCGUCGCAGCCGUCACGCACACAACCUCCCGCCGGGCCCUAAACCGUGGCCGAUCAUCGGCAACCUGAACCUCAUGGGCGCGCUCCCGCACCGCUCCAUCCACGACCUCUCCAAGAGGUACGGCCCUAUCAUGUACCUCCGAUUCGGCUCGUUCCCCGUCGUCGUCGGCUCUUCGGUUGAGAUGGCCAAGUUCUUCCUGAAGACCCACGACGUGGUGUUCAUCGACCGGCCCAAGAUGGCCGCCGGCAAGCACACGACGUACAACUACAGCAACAUCAUAUGGGCCCCGUACGGCGCCUACUGGCGCCAGGCGCGCAAGGUGUGCCUCACCGAGCUCUUCAGCGCUAAGCGGCUCGAGUCAUACGAGUACAUCCGCAGCGAGGAGAUGCGCGCGCUCCUGCGAGACCUGCACGAGGCCUCCGGCCGCGUCGUGGUGCUCAAGGACUACUUGUCCACCUUGAGCCUGAACGUGAUCACGCGCAUGAUGCUGGGCAAGAAGUACCUACACAGGCCCAUGGAGGGCACGGAUGGAGGGGGCUCCACGACGACGAUGGAGGAGUUCAAGUGGAUGAUCGACGAGUGGUUCUUGCUCAACGGCGUGCUCAACAUCGGCGACUCCAUCCCGUGGCUGGACUGGAUGGACCUGCAGGGGUACAUCAAGAGGAUGAAGAAGCUGAGCAUGAUGUUCGACCGGUUCCUGGAGCACGUCGUGGACGAGCACAACGACAGACGCCGCCUUGAGGGGGAGAGCUUCGUCUCAAGGGACAUGGUCGACGUGCUACUGGAGAUAGCCAGCGACCCCGAUCUCGAGGUACAGAUCGACCGGGAUAGCGUCAAGGCUUUCAUUCAGGACCUCAUCGUCGGCGGCACGGAGACCUCAUCCAUCACGGUCGAGUGGGCGAUCUCGGAGCUCCUGAAGAAGCCCGAGGUGUUGGCCAAGGCCACGGAGGAGCUGGACCGAGUUGUGGGACGAGGCCGCUGGGUGACGGAGCAGGACAUCCCGAGCCUCCCCUACGUGGAGGCCAUCGUCAAGGAAGCAAUGCGUCUGCAUCCGGUGGCGCCGUUGCUGGCUCCCCGGCUGUCCCGCGAGGAGGCGUCCGUCGGUGGCUACGACAUCCCCGCCGGCACGCGCGUGUUCGUCAGCGUGUGGUCCAUCGGCCGCGACCCGGCGCUGUGGGAUGCGCCGGAGGAGUUCACGCCGGAGCGGUUCCUUGGCAGCAAGAUGGACGUCAAGGGGCAGGAUUUCGAGCUGCUGCCCUUCGGGUCCGGCCGGCGGAUGUGCCCCGCGCACAGCCUCGGGCUGAAGGUGAUCCAGGUGAGCCUCGCCAACCUGCUGCAUGGUUUCGCCUGGAGGCUCCCGGACGGCGUGUCGACGGCCGAGCUCGGCAUGGAGGAGAUCUUCGGUCUGACGACGCCGCGCAAGUUCCCGCUUGAGGUCGUGUUCAAACCCAAGCUCCUCGAUCACCUCUACUCAUGGCGUCAUUAGAUGUUACUUGUGCCGCUUCCCGAGUCUUGUAUUGUGUUCGUGUACGUACUGCGUAGAGUCCCGUGGAAAGAUAAUGGGAAGGUUUCAA